AUGAGGCAGAUGAAGGAGAGCUGGUGGUCUCGAACAUCUCAAGACCUCCAAGCAGCCGCUGGCCGCAAAGAGAUGAAAAGCUUCUUUAGUGGCCUAAAAGCUGUCUGCGGUCCAUGCAAAGCAAGCGGGAUGACACCUAUCCGCUCAAAGGAUAACACCACCUUGCUCACUGAUAAAGCUGCUAUUCUCGAGCGUUGGGCAUCUCACUUCAACUCAGUUCUCUGUCACCAAUCAAACAUAGACAGCACUGCAAUAGGUGCACUUCCACAAAUCCCAAUUCAGGAGGAACUGUCAGAUGCUCCAAGGUCAAAUGGAAUAGACAAAGCUGUCUGGCAAAUGUCUUGUGGUAAGGCUCCAGGAGCAGAGGGCAUCACAGCUGAGAUUUUCAAACAGGGAGGCCACCAUCUCACUCAACACCUGGAAUAUCUCUUUGGUGCCAUCUGGGAACAAGAGACGGUGCCACAAGACUUUAGGGAUGCAACAUUUGUACACCUCUACAAGAGGAAAGGAGACUGUGCAUGCUGCGACAACCACCGAGGCAUUUCCUUGCUGUCGGUAGCUGAAAAAAUCCAGGCCCGUGUGCUACUGAAUCGACUGAACCAUCACGUCACUCAACAGCACAUUCUUCCUGAAAGUCAAUGUGGCUUCCGGGCAGGAAGUGGCACAGUGGACAUGAUAUUCUCGGUACGUCAACUUCAGGAAAAGUGCAGGGAACAAAACCGAGACCUCUACCUUGUCUCUGCGGACCUAAUUAAGGCCUUUGAUUCCAUCAACUGUGAGGGCCUCUGGAAAAUUCUUGGUAAGGUUGGCUGCACAACAAAAUUCUUCAACAUAAUCUGCUCUUUUCAUGAAGGAAUGAUGACCCACGUUCUCGACGGAGGAGAGGGAUUGUCCCCCUUUGCUGUCACCAAUGGUACAGAGCAGGGCUGUGUACUGGCACCAGUCCUGUUUGGGAUUGUCUUUGCUGCCAUGCUACAUGUGGCAUUUGCUGGCUGUGACCGUGGUGUCACCAUCGUAUCCCGAUGUGAUGGUGGCAUUUUCAACCUUCGGCGACUCCAAGCACGGACGAAGGUCACAGAAUCCACCCUAAGCAACUUCCUGUUCGCUGACGACUGUGCCCUUGCUGCCCAUAGCCUUGAAGACAUCCAGCACAUAACAGAUCGUGUUGCUGUGGCAUCUCAACGCUUUGGGCUUACCAUCAGCUUGAAGAAAACCGAGGUCUUGCUUCAGCCGAAGCCAGGCGCACUUUAUGUGCAGCCGUCUGUCACAGUAGAUGGCAGCCCCCUAAAAGCAGUAGACAGCUUCUGCUAUCUUGGUAGUGUUGUCUUCCAAAAUGCCAUGAUUAAUGAUGAAGUCAAUGCCCGCAUUGCUAAAGCUAGUGCAGCUUUUGGAAAUAUGCAAGGGAGGCUUUGGAGUGAUCAUGGUGUGCGGCUAUCUACCGAAAUAGCAGUCGACCGUGCAGUUGUGUUAACCACCUUGCUGUAUGGGUGUGAAAGCUGGACUCCCUACCGCCGCCAUAUCAACCAACUAGACCAGUUCCACAUGCACUAUCUUCGGAGAAUUGCCAAUAUCAAGUGGCAAGACAAAGUCCCCAACACUGACGUCCUCAAACGAUGUAACACCACUGGAAUUGAGGCUCUGAUCAUGACUGCACGCUUCCGCUGGUUGGUCAUCUUCAGAGGAUGGACAAUUCCAGAAUCCCAAAAGCUCUCUUCCAUGGCCAACUGA